AGCUGCGUCAGUAAGAAGUCCGCCUCCCGCCGUUUCACCAGAAACAAAACCGAAAGUUUUCAGUCCGGUCAGAAAGGAGAGGAGCCAGCGCCAUGGCGGGGGAAUACGCCUUCCCUGUCCUAGUGGAGCUGGAAGACAGCAACACACCGAGGCUGAAAAAUAAACUGGUGAAAUAUUUCCAGAGUAAAAAGUCCGGCGGAGGAGACUGCGAGGUGGACUAUGAGCCCGGGAGACAAACUGCGCUGCUGCGCUUCCGCAGAGAGGAGGACCAGAAAAAUGUCCUGAGCAAAGAGAGACACCAGAUCAGUUUGGGUGAAGGAGUGUUAAAGAUGACAGUGCGCCUUCCUGCAGAGGGACGACACAAACAGGAGGAUUCAGCUGAUAAAGACAGCAAAAAGUCGGAUCAUGAAGGAACCAACAAAGAGUCCAAAGUUCAAGAACCCAAACCUGUGGAUGAAGAUCAGACCGAGUCAAAAAAGUUCAAGGGGUGUGAUGAUUCAGACGAUGAUGAGCAGUGCUCCAAGUCGGCUGUUGUAGGGAAUAUUCCAGAUUCUUUAACCUCAGAAUUUCUGGAAAUGUUGGUGGAAAACAUUUUGAGAGACCUAAGCUCUCCGACUGCCUCCGAGGACUACACCCUGGAACUGAUCCCUGACAUCUCAUCUGCUGUUGUCACUUUCCAGAGUGGAAAAGAUAACACUGAGUUCAUAGAACGAUGUCCUCAAAAUCGGAUGUUUACAAAGAAGGGGUUAUCAGUCCGACCCCUUGAGACCACAAAUAAGGUUGUUGUUGAAGGACUUUCAGACUGCAGUGAAGACAUGCUGAGCCUCUACUUUGAGAGUAAAGGGGGAGAUGUGGAAGAUGUUCAACUGAAUGAAGCUGAACAGUCUGCUGUCAUCAAAUUUAAGAACCAUCAAGAUGUUAAGAAAGUCUUAGGUAAGAAGCAUGAAAUAAAGAAGGAAGAAGUCAAGGUCUAUCCGUUCUACAAAUCUUUGGGAGUAGCACUUUAUGGGAAAGAUAAGCCGUCACCAAAGCUUCCUGCUGCCAUCUCUGAGCCCAUUGACACCGCUAUCCUCAGAUACCUAGCUAACCACAAAGCAGCUGUGGAGACCGUUGGCCGUGACUUGGAAAAACAUUUCUGCAACAUUACCUUGGAACAGUCUGCCAUCCGGCUCAGUGCCUCGCCCUCAUUGUUGAAGCAAAAAGACGCCAAAGUCAUCAUCAAAGAGUGGGCUAACACUGUGAAAGCAGCCUUUUCUCAAGCUGUGUCACAAUACAAAUCCAUCAAGUUCUCCCUGGACCCUGAAGUAUGGGAGGAGUCUGAAAAUAAGAUUAAGGAGAAACUGCAGAAGGAAGAUGUUGUUGUAGUUUCUGAUAAAACCACUGGUAUCCUUUCAGUGGCCGGCCUUGAGAAUGAUGUCAACACACUCAAGAAACCCAUAUCAGAAGUUCUUGACAGGAUCAAGGAAAGGGUCAGAAGAGAGAAACUAAGUAAAACCCAAGAGAUCAAUGUGUCACCAUCGAUGUUCCACAUCCUUUCUCAAGAUGGUCUUCAGGAUAAACUCCUGCAAGUGUACCCAGAACUCAAAAUGUCAUACGACCACGAGAAGAAAGCUCUGAAAGUAACUGGAUUUGUGGAUGAGAUUAUUAAUGCAACCCAGGUGAUAGGCAACGCAACAUUAGGAUUAAAGCGACAGAAUUUAGAAGUGGAUGAGUUUUUGCUUGACAUGCUGAAGGAUGAACAGCAAGAGGAGGCCACCGAUGCACUUCUAACAGCCUAUGGCAUAAAAGCAGCCUUGGAGAUCAGUCCACAGAGAGUGCAGCUUGUUGCUGUUUCUGACAAGGAUCUGAUGAAUGCUCAAGAUCAUCUAAGCCAAACCCUGAAAUCUGAAUAUAUAGAAGUUGAAGACCUUGAAGUCCUGAAGAAGCCGGAGUGGCAGCAGCUGGUCCAUCAGCAGGAAACAGCAAACGGUGGGUCAGGAAUGAGAGUUCAGAUCACAACUCAUCAACAGCAAGUGGUAGUGUCCGGUCACAAGGACAGUGUGGACAAAGUUAGCAGUGAACUACAGGACUUUAUAACAGAAAAUGCUCAUGUUGAAGAAUUUGUUGCUGUUGAAGCAAAUGUCAUCAUCGAGUACCUGAAUAGUCAGACUCCCUGGUUGAAGCAACUAGAAGGUGGGGUGGACGUGUCUUUCGGAAAAGAGGAAAUCAUCCUAAGUGGCUGUAGAUCUGCUGUGGAAGGUUGCAAGAGCAUAGUCAAAGAUCUGCUGUCUUCUGUGUUCUUUGAUAGUUUCAAAGUCACAAAACCUGGAGUCAAGAAGUUCUUUAAGGAAAAAGAAUCAUAUUUUGCUUCUUGUAUUAAGAAUGAAACUGGCUGCCUGGUUCAGCUGGCUGAUAAAUCGAAUGAAGAAGAAGACUUUACCUUUAUACAGAUGCAACAACCCGUUUACAAAGUCCAGACAAGCGAUGGAGUGGAAAUAGUGGUCUCCAAGGCAGACAUGUGCAGUUACUCUGUGGAUGCUGUGGUCAAUCCUUCUACUGAUGACUUGAAACAUACCUCAGGUCUUGCUUUGUCCCUUUCAAAAGCUGCAGGCCCUCAAUUACAGGUCAUUUGUGACCAAAUAAUUAAUGUAAAGGGAAAACUCCGACCUGGAGACUGUGUCGUAACAGAUGCUGGGGGAACGCUUCGUUGCAAAAAAGUGAUCCAUGCCGUAGGACCCCAUUUUGAUCAAGCAAAGCCAAAGAGGGCUGAGGCCCAGUUGAAAAGAACUGUUAGAGAAAGCUUAGAACAAGCUGAAAAGUGUGGCUGUGUUUCUGUGGCCCUUCCUGCCAUCAGCAGAAAUCUCGGCUUCCCACUCAAUCUGUGCCUAUCUACCAUUGCUAGAGCAGUGAAGGAUUACUGUGAUGAGAAGUACGAUGACAACACCCUGAAGACCAUUCAUCUGGUGGACAAUGAGGACAGUGUUGCUCUUGGUCUGGAAAGUGCUGUGAAGCAGGAGUUUGGAAAUCAUGGAGUUAGUGUUUCGUCUCAAAAUGCUAUCCCUAAAGUUAGUCAGAAAUCUCCAUUACACAAGCUUGUUCCACCUGACCCGAGCUUGUGCCGAGGGCAGACCAAAGAGGGCUUGAGCAUCGUUCUUAAAAAGGGGAAUAUUGAGGCUGCCAAGACAGAGGUAAUUGUGAACACUGUGGCAGAAGAUCUUAUAUUGAACAAAGGGGCGAUUUCAAAUGCCAUCUUCAGUGCGGCUGGAGUCAAACUUCAACAGCUGGUACACAGUCAGAAAACCAGUGGAUCACCAGGUGAGAUUGUUGUUACAGACGGCUGCAAGCUGAAGAGCAAACAAGUUUUCCAUGCAAUCGCUCCAAGCUGGGAUAAAGGCCAGGGGACCGCUGAAAAGACCCUAUCUGGGAUCUUUAAAGAUUGCUUGGACUUGGCGGAGAAAGCUCGGUUGUCAUCUAUAUCUUUCCCAGCUGUUGGCACCGGAAACUUGGGUUUUCCAAAAAAUCUUGUUGCCACUUUGAUGCUGGAUAAAUUCUUAGAAUUCAGCAGCCAGAGACAAUCCAAGCAUAUAAAGAAGAUUACAGUUGUUCUUUUUCCUGGAGAUACACAGACUAUUCAGGUAUUCACGAAUGAAUUUAAGAAGAAGUUUCCCAGUGCCACGGGUCCUUCAGCUACAGGUCCAGCGUCUGCAGAUUCUUCACAAACCACAGCAGGCAAAUUCUCUAAAGUUGUCUCCAGUUCAGGAAUGUAUGAGACUAAACUGGGAAAUGUGACGAUUCAGGCAGUAGCUGGGGAUAUAACUAAAGAAACUACUGAUGUCAUCGUCAACUCUUCAAAUGAUAGUUUCACUCUCCAGUCAGGAGUAUCAAAGGCAAUCCUGGAUGCAGCUGGUGUAGCUGUUUUAGAAGAAUGCCAAUAUCUUGGUUCCCAGCCCAAUCAAGGCAUGAUAAUGACAGUACCAGGAAACCUAAAGUGCAAAAAGAUUCUUCACCUUGUCGGACAGACGGACCCAGUGAAAAUCCACAGGACUGUAAAGGAAGCACUGCAAAUGUGUGUGAAGAGUUCCUACACUUCUGUUUCGUUUCCUGCCAUUGGUACAGGUCAAGGCAAUGUACAGGCAAAACAGGUGGCAGACACCAUGUUGGAUGCUGCUAUUGACAUUUUGAGCCAAAACACCUCCAGCUCACUGACUUUAAUCAGGAUAGUAAUUUUCCAACAACCGAUGCUAAAAGAUUUCCACAACAGCAUGCAAGAAAGGGAAGCCAUUGAACCAAAGGACAAAACUGGAUUCUGGUCAAACAUUGGCCACAAGAUAAAAUCAAUAUUUGUAUCUGAAAAUGCUGAAAAAAAACAAGAAGGCGAGACGUUUGAUAUUGAGACUGUCAAAGUGGAGCCUGCUUUCUUCCAUAUCUGCGGUGCCUCACAGUCCAAAGUAGAUGCAGCCAAGAAGAAGAUAAAUUACCUGAUAUCUGAGGAACAAUUCAGCACAGAGAUAACAGACAACGACAUCUUGAACUUGUCUUCUGCAGACUGUCAGCGCAUUGUUGACAUCCAGAUGAAGAUGAGUGUGAGCAUCAAAAAUCAAAUCGUCAAUGGCCAAGCCUCUUUCAUCAUUGAAGGUCUCAGUAAAGAUGUUCUUCGAGCCAAUCGGGAGAUAGAUAAUAUGCUGAAGAAAGUGAGAGGAGAGCAGGAGCUGAAAAGGAAAUUGGAGCUGGCUGCCACUGUGGUAGACUGGCAAUAUCAACGACCUGGGCUUCAAUAUCAGAGUUUUGAUCAGAAGACCAACUAUGCGCUUGAGCAUGCCUUGGAGAUGGAAGUACCCACUCUAAAAAUAACCAUCCAUGGCUCAGACUAUACAGUCCAGAUGCCUAAAGGACCAGCCACUGACAGCAAGGGAAAUGUCAUGCAGAUAAAACGAAUUGACAAACUACAAGGUGACGAUAUUCCUGAGUUUUGGGAUCUCAUGCCAGCUGGUAAAACAUGUCAUGCUGUCCCAGUCCAGGCUACAUCAUCAGAGUACAAAGACGUCCUCAAACUAUUCAAUGCCACAUGUCCUCGAGCUGUCACUAAGAUUGAGAGGAUCCAGAACCCGGCACUAUGGAAAAGUCUUCAGAUCAAAAAACAAGAGAUGGAGGUGAGAAAUAAUCAUCAGAACAAUGAGAAACUUCUCUUCCAUGGCACCAGUGAAACCACCAUCCCCAUUAUCAAUGAAUCUGGCUUCAACAGAAGCUACGCAGGAAAAAAUGCUACCUGUUAUGGCAAAGGUUCCUACUUUGCUGUCAAUGCCAGUUACUCUGCCCAUGACACGUACUCCAGGCCCAACGCGAAUGGAGAGAAGUUCAUGUACGUCUGCAGAGUGCUGACAGGAGACCACGCCCAGGGACAGCAAAACAUGAUCGCUCCACCUUCCAAAGGAGGCUCAGGCGUUUUCCUGUAUGACAGUGUGGUGGACAACAUGACCACCCCCAGCAUGUUUAUAGUGUUUCAUGACACCCAAGCCUAUCCUGAGUAUCUGAUCACCUUCAAGUAGCAACACCCAGAAAAUGUUAAAUACAAAUGCAUCAUCUAAUAACCAAAUAAAAACUGAUUUUCUUCCUGAAAUACUUAUUUUAACUCACUUUUAGUUCACUUAUUUAGUAGUUUGUGUUCUGGCCUAUUUAGUGCCUUCAGGUGAUGCCUUAAUGUUUCAUAAAAGUUUGAAAUCAGUAAACAAUAAAAUUAAGAACUUUCCAAACAUGUUGUUUGCUACUAACUGUUUACACAAAGAUUCUUAACAUGGACCUGCUGUUUGGAAAACAGAAGCUUAAAAUUGUAGAAGUUUAAUGUUACUCAUUUCUAAAUUGAAAAAUGAAAAUAAACCUUAAUGACUGUUUACAGUAAAACUCAAGAAUGAACAAGCACAGGUGAUUUCACUGUUCACUUGUCUUCUACACUUGGAAGUAAUAAAGCGUUCUUGAACACA